AUGAUCAAAGAAAAAACUUUCACACUUAAAGAUAAUUACGUAUGUACGUCACAACAUAAACUAUAUGCUUUAUUCUCUUUUCUAUCAGCAAGAGACGCAUACACUUUUCUUUGCAACUGGUUCGAGAAAUUCCCAGAACACAAAGAAAGUACCUUCUAUAUCGCCGGUGAAAGUUAUGCAGGAAAGUACGUACCCGAGCUAGCAGAAGUUGUGUACGAUAACAAUAACAAGAAGAAUGGUUCAUCGCUUCACAUCAAUCUUAAGGGUAUUUUGUUGGGGAAUCCGGAGACAUCAGAUGCAGAAGAUUGGAGAGGUUGGGUGGAUUACGCAUGGAGCCACGCAGUGAUAUCGGACGAGACGCAUAGGAUCAUAACCAGGACAUGCAAUUUCAGCAGCGACAAUACUUGGAGCAACGAUGAGUGCAAUGAGGCCGUAGCGGAAGUUCUCAAGCAGUACCAUGAGAUAGAUAUCUAUAGCAUCUAUACCUCAGUUUGCAUUGGAGAUUCUGCACGAUCUUCUUACUUUGAUUCAGCGCUAUUCAAAACGAAUUCCCGCAUUAGCUCUAAGAGGAUGCCACCGAGGCUCAUGGGUGGAUAUGAUCCAUGCUUAGAUGAUUACGCGAGAGUAUUUUACAACAGAGCAGAUGUUCAGAAGUCUCUUCAUGCGAGUGAUGGAGUUAAUCUCAAGAACUGGAGCAUUUGCAACAUGGAGAUCUUUAAUAAUUGGACUGGUUCAAAACCAUCGGUUUUGCCUAUUUACGAGAAACUCAUCGCCGGAGGAUUAAGAAUAUGGGUUUACAGUGGUGACACUGACGGAAGAGUUCCUGUACUUGCCACUCGGUAUAGUUUAAGCGCACUCGAAUUACCCAUCAAGACAGCUUGGAGGCCAUGGUACCAUGAGAAACAGGUAAGUGGGUGGCUUCAAGAAUACGAAGGCCUAACGUUCGCUACGUUCAGAGGAGCUGGACAUGCGGUGCCUUGCUUCAAACCAAGCAGCUCUCUCGCCUUUUUCUCGGCAUUUCUCAGCGGAGUUCCUCCUCCGCCGUCGCGGUAGAGAAGCAAGUCAACCAUUAAUAAGAUGAUUUAGUAAUCUAAUUUUGAGUAUUUUUGAAAGAUUUUGGGUUUCGUUGCGUUAACUUGUCAAACACGGGAUAGGAAGAAAAAAAGGAUUGUAAGAGAGAAAUUUGUAUGUGAGUUAUAUGUUAAAUUCUAUGUGAUGAUCAUAAUGAUCAAAGAAAAAACUUUCACACUUAAAGAUAAUGUUUAAAUGAAAAAUA